AGUGGACUGUUUCAAGUUCCCCCCGGCUGAAACCCUGCCUGAUUUGUGGGCAAUGUUGGGGAUGUAGAAAAAAAGGAAACCGGAGCAAAGAGAGCGCAAGGGAGAAAUAGGGAGACAGCACUAACUGGGUAGCUAUGGAGAUAGUAGGUUUUCCUGGUAGCUUUCUUUGACAGGUGUCGAGUGGGAUAAAAUAAAGUAUCAGAACAGACUCCAAGAUGUACGGCAAGGGCAAAGGAGCUGUGGUCCCCUCCGAUAGCCAAGCAAGAGAAAAGUUAGCAUUAUACGUGUACGAGUACCUGCUACAUGUGGGAGCACAGAAAUCUGCACAGACCUUCCUGUCUGAGAUUCGAUGGGAGAAGAAUAUUACAUUAGGGGAGCCCCCCGGAUUCCUCCAUUCGUGGUGGUGUGUAUUCUGGGAUUUGUAUUGUGCGGCUCCGGACCGGAGGGAGACAUGCGAGCACUCCAGCGAGGCAAAGGCCUUCCACGACUAUAGCGCAGCAGCAGCGCCCAGCCCAGUGAUGGGAAACAUGCCCCCGAACGACGCCAUGCCAGGCGGUCCCAUGCCUCCAGGCUUCUUCCAGGGACCACCCGGCUCUCAGCAGUCCCCCCACGCACAGCCCCCCCCACACAACCCCAGCAACCCCAUGAUGGGACCCCAUGGCCAGCCUUUCAUGUCACCACGGUAUCCAGGUGGACCGCGCCCUUCACUCCGAAUGCCAAAUCAGCCUCCAGGAGGAAUCCCUGGAUCUCAGCCUCUCCUGCCAAACAGUUUGGACCCGACAAGACCGCAAGGACAUCCUAACAUGGGUGGACCAAUGAGAAUGAACCCUCCUCGAGGAAUGGCGAUGGGCCCACAGAAUUAUGGAGGUAUGAGGCCUCCUCCCAACUCCAUGGGCGGCCCCAUGCCAGGCAUGAACAUGGGUCCUGGAGGACGAGGGCCUUGGCCAGGGCCUAAUGCGAACUCUAUAGCCUACUCCUCCUCAUCUCCAGGGAACUACGUGGGUCCUCCAGGCGGAGGGGGUCCACCUGGAACUCCCAUCAUGCCCAGCCCAGGUGAUUCAACUAACUCCAGUGAAAACAUCUAUACAAUGAUGAAUCCUAUUGGACCAGGAGGCAACAGACCCAAUUUCCCAAUGGGACCUGGGCCUGACGGGCCAAUGGGAGCCAUGGGAGCCAUGGAGCCACACCACAUGAACGGAUCACUUGGGUCUGGGGAUAUGGAUGGGUUGCCAAAGAGCUCUCCUAAUAACAUGGGGGGCAUGAACAACCCUCCUGGAACGCCGAGAGAUGACGGCGAAAUGGGCGGGAACUUCUUGAACCCAUUCCAAAGCGAAAGUUAUUCACCCAACAUGACGAUGAGUGUGUGAUUUUAUUUUUUCCUUUUUUUUUUGUAUUUUUUUUGUUUAUUUUUCCCCUUACUUUUAUAUCCCUGCACCUGAUAUUUUUUUUUCUUCAAUUCAAUCCUUACUUCACCUCGGGUUGGACCGCCUCCACUCCUCAAACACAUCCUCUGCCCCCACCCCUCAAUACGGGAUCUGCUGCCCCUCCCUCCCCUUUCCCCUUCUCACUCGGGAACUCUACGGCCACACAGCCUUCUGGGACAGCCCUUGAGCAUGCUGGGACUCUGAUUAAGACGGGCCCUCCUGGAGCAUGCAAGAUGGCCGCCGGUCUGAAUAGGAAGCAGUCACAGAGCAACAGGAAGAGCCUCCUCUCUGACUCCGGCCCCGGCCUCCCUGGCUUUCUGUCAGGUUCUAGACAAUGAGCGAAGGGAAGGAGGACAAUUGGAGAGAGAGAGAGGGAGAGAGGGAGAGGAGACUGGGUAACACAGCCCUCCCCUGAGGACACAGUGUUGGGUCUUUUAGCAGCUGCCUGGAAUCUUUCUCAACCACAACUUUGGGCUUUUUAAACGAUUUUUAUUGUCUUUUUUUGUUGUUGUUGUUGGUGUUGCUGUCCCCUUUGAUGGAUUCAGCUGAGGGUCGGAUGAAAUUACCUUUUUUUUUUUUUUUUUUUGCCCAUCCACGUCGUUCUAUCUGUGUGAACAUUUUUAACAGAGGUGUUGUGAUGAUCAGUGAAUUUUUUUUCCCCAUUUUUUUUUUUGUGUAUGUAUUGUAUCAUUGCUAUUUUUUUAUUAUUGUAUUAUUGUUUUUAAUGAUAAUGUUAUGAUCAUUUUAAGAUUAGGUUCUAAUUUCUGUUGUUUCUAAGGGCACAUUAUUAUGGUGAAGACAGCGUAUGUGCACACAAAUCAGAAAUUGUUUGCUGUGUAACCUGUGGCUCCAUGUGAGCACACUGCCCCCUGCAGGUAAGAUAUUAUCCAUCGUGGUACUGAUUGGCCCCCUCACUUUUUUCUUUUUUUUUUUUUUAAUCUCUUUCACAUUUCUGAAUUUUUAACUUCUUGCUCAGUAAUCCAAACCAGCAGAAGAAGAAGCGGCUCCUGUUUUUAGUAGCUUCCAUGCAGUGAAAUGCACAGCUCUAUUUAUUUAUGUACUUUAAAUUUGUCUUAUGAAUCAUUGUUACUUUUUUAAAAAGUGUUAUCCCUGUUUUUUGUUUUGUUUUGUUUUUUUAAACUGCAGAACUAGUAGCAACUGUGUAAAUAUGCAGAAUCAGUCAGCAGCAUCCACUCCUCACCGUCUGACGUCAUUUGACUCCUCCAUCCGAGCCCUGAAGGUGCUCUGUCGUGUCAACCAUUUUGACCCCGCUCACGCUGCUUGCACUGCUGCUGCUGCUGCCCUCUUAGGUUACUGUUCACUUUCAACAUGUACGUAGGCUGCGUUAUCGUCUCUGCUGACCUCGUCGUGAACACUUGGGUUGUUUUUGUUUGCCGAUGAGUCCUCAACACACUGUGAUAUAUGUCUGUGCUUUAUGGAAAUGUGCUUCUACACGCCAGUCAGUUUAGCUUGCAGACAUUUCUGUUUCCUUACAUGCAGUGCUCCCUCAAUACGCUUGCCUCUGGUGAAAGGACUUCUGGCUCUCUGCUGAUUGGAUCCCUGGUGUUUUUUAUGCCUGAGCAAAGCAGGUCAGAAAGUGGCAAAGCGUUGCUCUGUUGACUGUUGCAAGUGGCCUCCCUCCCCUCGCUCACCUUUAAAGAAAAACACCUCCGUCCUUUUCCCACCUUUCUAACAGGCCAGCACCCACACACAGUCACACACACACACACCCACCCCUCUCUAUUUUUUUUUUUUUUUUUUUUUGUACAACUUUCUCCAUCUUCUUGAUUUUAAUUUUUUUUGUAAAUACUGUAAAAUGCAUUUUGAUAUCAUUGACAUGUUUUGAUAUUUUCAAAUCACGACAACAGUUCAGAUCAGAAACAUGCUGAUUCGGGCAACUGUGUGUAUUUGUUCAGAUGGUGUGUCUUUUACUCAGAAGUGAUAUGAAAUGAUGAGAAACAGAAACUGGAGCUGCUAUAUGGACUAUUAUGCUAUUUCUUCUCAUCACAGACAAACGUGGGGCUUUACUGUGCAUCAGAGCUGAAGCGUCGAGGCUUCUGAGACAGUGAGGGAGGGGAAUUUUGAAUUUUGAACGCCGUCACACAAAUUUCAAAAUCUUAAAAAAAUGAUUCUCGUCCAGAAGCAUCCCUCCGCUUGCUGCUGUUCUUGGUAAAUUUUGAGUGAGGUGGCCAAAAAAAAAAAAAAAAAAAAAAAGCCUCGAAACAGGCAUAUUUUUCACUAUUUUUGACAGGGAAUUUGCAAGAGCAGAGCAUAAAGAAGCCAGUUUUUCUUAAUAAAACUUCUGCCUCAGACGCUGCAUUUCAGCUUCCGCCCUCUCGAUACAACCCAAACAGGAAGCAGGACACCGUCUCUCAACCCAACACACCAGGGACCAGACAGAGAACAGACUUUACUAUGAAGGAUUUUUUUUUUGUUUUUGUCUAUUUAAAACGGGGUGGGAGAAAUGUUUUUGGGAAAGUAAGGAGGAAAAAAAAAAAAACAGAUUUGUUCUUAUUGCUGAGAAAAGGUAGAGAGAGUGCGGGAACAGGCGCUUCCUCCCCUGUACUUUGAAAUACUGUUGUAUAAAUGCAGUCAAACUUCUCUCUAUCUUUCUGUCCUGUAAGUAAAGCCGUCACAACGUUGAUCAUUUCUGUAUUUCUAUUGUGCUGAUGUAUAAUACUGUAACAUUCAUGGGUAGGGAGGGUUAAGAGAGGAUUUUUUUUCUUUUUUUUUUUUUUUGAGGGGAGUAAAGAUUUUUUCUGUUCUGUUCCUCAUUUUUCCUCUUGAUGACAAAGCAGUAUUGAAUAUGAGGCAGUCUGUCCUUGGGGAGUUGCUUUGUAUCUCAUGUUAGGGUAGUUUCAGAUCCUAAAUGUCUCGUGUAGUAAAAUAAGAGGUUCCUUCUUCGUAUGUUUCUUUAUAUUGUAAAGUUUCUUUAGGAAAAAAAGUUGCUUAUUGGAAAAAAAAGGUGGGAAAACUGCAUUGAUAAUAAAUGUAAUUUUCUUUUUUUUUCCUUUUUUUUUGGUUUUGUUUUAAUUUUCAUCAAGUUGUCAGUCGUUUUUGCCUGUGUCCCCCUUGUUGUAGAUACAUAUUAAAAACAAAUAAAAUGACUUCACUCCUUUUGCCAUGAA